ACAGUUUAAAAUGCCUCGACGGAAAUAUAAAAGAUAUUUAGAACCUGAUUCAACAGAGGAUAUCCCUCGUCAAACCCUUCAUAGCAGAAGAAAGCGAGAAAAUAAAUCAUCUAACAGAGAGGAGCAAUAUCAUAAUAAUGAACCAUUUAAUGAUGCAGAUUUAUUUAACCAAGAUGCGUUAUUUCAAGAAAAUCCCAUUUCUGAAGAAGACGGAAACAGCGAGGAAAUUUUUAUGUUUCAGGGGCAUCAUAAUAAUGAACUAUUUGAUGAUGAUGCGAAUUUGUUCUACCAAGAUGCGUUAUUUGAAGAAAAUCAUACUUCUGAAGGAAACGGAAACAACGAGGAAAUUUUGGACAAUCAAUACGAUCGAUUUCUGAGUGAAGCAUUAUGCCCAUGUUCAGCAACAACAAAAGGAGAAGCGCUAAUGAUGGCCAUACUUUUAGGAAAAAAACACUAUAUGACUUGGGUUGCGAUCCUUGACAUCAUAAAUAUGAUAAACAAAUUGUACAACACUGAUGUCUUACCAAAUUCUAAGUAUAGUUUAUUCAAACAUUUUCCAUUAGCUGAAGACACUAUUAAAGUCCACUUAUUUUGUCCAAGUUGUCAAAGAUACCUGGGUGAACGACCAAAAUUACGUUCAAGUAACAUAGUAUGUCAUACCUGUGAGAAAGAUAUUGAUGAGGCUACAAUGUCAUUCUUUGUAACUUUAAAUUUUACAUACCAGCUGCAAAAUCUACUGAAUAAUCCAAAUGUUUCGAAACAUUUAGAUUACCGCUACUCUCGACGAAAAGAAAACAAUAAUGCAUUAGAAGAUAUUUAUGAUGGCGAUAUGUACAAAAAAUAUUCUGCUGCAGGUAAUCAGUUAGAUUCCAGAUGGAAUUUGUCAUAUACUUUUAAUACAGAUGGGUGUCAAGCAGCGAAAUCAAGCAAAACAUCUAUUUGGCCUAUAUAUGCAAUGUUACAUGAGUUGCCGCCAGAAAUACGAUCGAAACAUAUGCUUCUAAUCGGAUUAUGGGUACACAAGAAAGAACCCAAUAUGAACACGUUUUUACGACCGUUCGUCGACGAAGCAAAUUCUUUGGCGCGAAAUGGUAUACAAUGGAAUGUAAACAACAAGAUUAUUACCAGUAAAGUCUACCCUAUAUGUUGCUGUGUGGAUUCUGUUGCCCGACCUUGUAUUUUGAAUAUGAUUCGUUUUAACGGCUUUUAUGGAUGCAACUUUUGCGAACAUCCUACCGAAGGUGUUGAUGGAUACCGCCGAUAUACAAUGUCGACAUGUGUACCUCCGAAUCGCACAGAUACGUCCAUAAGAUAUAGAAUGCUGAAUGCGUCAAAUGAUAAAAUUCUUCCAGUCAUAAAUAAGGGAAUUAAAGGUCCGUCGAUACUGAUGAAUCUGGAAGGAUUUGAUCUAGUAGAUGGAAUGGUACCUGAUUAUAUGCACUCCGUUUUGUUAGGAGUUACUCGGCAAUAUACAGAGCUCAUAUUAACGUCAUGCGGGAAAGAAUAUUAUGUUGGUUCGCCAAAUCAGUUAGCUAUAAUAAAUGAGCGUUUAACUUCUAUUCAACCACCAACAUGUAUCACACGAUUACCAAGAACACUUGAGGAACGAAAGUGUUGGAAAGCCUCUGAAUGGCGUUCUUGGCUAAUGUGGUAUAUAUUGAUAUGUUUGCGGGGAUUACUUCCUAUAAAAUAUUUGCGGCAUGUGGCACUAUUAAUAACUGCUAUUCAUAUAUUAUUACAAAAAUCUGUAACAAUAGAAAGUAUUGAUCAUGCUAACGAGUUACUGAUUAAAUUUGUGGUCCAAUUUCAAGAGUAUUUUGGAAAAUCUUCUAUGACAUUCAAUAUUCACUUGCUCUUACACUUAAGUACGAGCGUAAAAAACUGGGGACCUUUGUGGACUCAUAAUACCUUUCCUUUUGAAAAUGAAAACAGAUUAAUACUUCAGAUGAAGACUAGUCCAUAUCUUAUAGCUGUACAGAUUGCAAGGAGAUAUUUCUUUUAUAAACAAGUGUCCAUGUACUUUGAAAAAUUUCCAAAUAGUAAUAGAUUCAUAGAGUUUUGUGCAAAAAAUUUUCAAAGCAGGUUGAAAUAUGUGUGUAAAAUUGACGAUUGUGUACUACUUGGGUUAGGUAAAGACUAUACUCUAACUUUAGAAGAAAAAAAUUGUUUUGGUAGUGCUAUACGUUGCAAAGUAUUCUAUAAAAUGUUUUGCCACGGACUUCGUUUCACAAGUGAAACUUACACGCGAGCGAACAAGUCCAAUGAUUCUAUUAUUGUUACUCGAGAUGGCACGAAAGGUAUAAUUACAAAUAUAUGUUCUUAUGAGAUCACUGAAAAUGAUGAAGUAGUAAAAAAAGCUGUUGUGUUUUUUCGAAAAAUUAAUGUAUCAUGUCAACCGUAUCUUGCAACCAAUGAUGUAAUCGUAACUCAUAUUAGAGAAUGUUUCAUCAACGGCGGUUUAUUGGAGAAAUGUUCUCCUACAUUUAUUCGAGGUCACUGUAUCAUGAUGACGCUGAAUGAUAAACAUUAUAUUAGUGACAUACCGAGAGGAUGUCUUAGUGAUUAAUCGAUAUUAUUUUCUUCAUAAUUAUGUUAAUAAUUGGGAUUGUCUUUUAUUACUGCACUGUUAAACUGGUGCUGUAAGCUAGAGUGAAAAACAUCUAUACUUAUCUCACUUGUAUUGUACUUAUUGCAUCAGUUCAUCAGUGCAGCAAUAGAAAACAAGCCUAUUAUAAUAUCUGUAACAAAUUUUUGCUGUGCAAAUAAAAUUAAUGUAUAUUAUAAAAAAUGGUGUUUUUAUUUCUCGAGUUGUUUUUGAAUCAAUAGAUUGAUUAUUAGCACAUUUUCUGAGAUAAUGUGACAUAUUUUAUUAACAAUUACAACAAUAUUAAAAUUUUUGUUUUCUGUUUCUCCAAUAAAAUCUGAAUUAAUAUAAUGUCCGUUGUAAUACAUCGUAAAUAUCGUAGUUGUAAUUUUUUAACAGAUUUUGGCUAUUACAGAAUCAUUGUAGAAAGCUAUAAUUUGUUAUUCUAUUUUUGGACCACAAAUUAUUGGACGACAAACUAUUUUUAUAUUAUAACUUUUAAUUUUUCAAAAUUCUUGAUAAUACGGAAUAAAUUGUCUAUUUUUAACAGAAAUAGUAACACACUAUAUUGCUCAUAUUUAGUACUUCUAAUCUUUUAUUAUAGUAUUUUAAGAUAAUAUUGAUUGUUAUAGUUUAUCAUUAAAUUUGUAAUUUUAGUCGAUCAGUUUCUAAUACUUCUACAAUAAUCUACUUAGGUAAUUAAUGUACUCAUUAAUGAAUACUUUGAAUUGCAUAAAAUGUUAUAGAUUCAUUUAUAAAUUACAACGAACUAUUUUGCCAUAUACUUCUCAUCUAAUUUGUAUAUUUCUAACAACUGUUGAAGGUUGUAAUUGAUUGUAAAGUUAUCAUUUUAAUGCCAAAGUACGGUUAACUACGUCUUGUUUGUAGAAGUUUAUUGUAUAUUUUGAAAAGGUGUAGAAAUUGUUUACGCGAAAGUACGUCUUAUUACAACAUUUGUAAACUAUAAUUUUAAUGCGAAUGUAUGAUAAACUAUGUCUCGGUUGUAGAAGUUUAUAGUAA